AUGAUUCCCAGCAGAGGCCUCCGCUGGUCUAUUCAGACAAUUGGAACAGGCCGACGGCGACUCGAGACGCUUUCUGUUCCUGUCAGACAAGUAAUCGCAAUUGCUCUCUCCAAUACCCUGGGUUUCUGGCUAAUCAGGGCAAUUAUCCAGUUCUCUUCUUCACCUGUACCUCUACAUCGCACCAUUAGAGCCCAUGGACUGCUUUCCAUGAACAAGAAUCGCAGAUUCAUCCCCGGAUCUUACGCAUCUCCUCAAUUCUCACAACCAAAUACUUUAAUACGAACUGGCACAGCAAUACGCUUUGCCUCCUCUACCACCCCCACGGUCACCAUCGCCUCGAGUGCCUCUUCCACGCCCUCUGAUUUCGUCGGGGAGGCAAUCCCAUCAUCACCGUCCUCUCACGACCUCACGAGUUCCCUAGAUAGCGCUACAGACUUUGCCUCCGGGUCCAUCCACAACAUUCCCGAGUCCAUAGGAUACCUAAACACUCUCGGUCUGGACUAUGGCUUCGGUCCAACGACCAUGAUGCAGUUCCUUCUCGAGCAUGUCCAUGUCUACGCCGGCACGCCCUGGUGGGUUUCCAUCUCCAUCACCGGCUUCCUCGUGCGCGCCGCCCUGUUCAAGAUCAUGAUCAACUCCGCCGACAACGCAGCCCGGCUGCAGCACACGGCGCCCAUCACCAAGCCGCUCACAGUCAAAAUGGCGGAAGCGUCACGCGCAGGAGACAAGCACUUGAUGAUGCAGAUCCGCUCGGAAAUUCGGAUGAUUAACCGACGGGCUGGCAUCAAGAUGUACAGGAGUCUCUUGCCGAUGCUGCAGGUUUUUGCCGGAUAUGGGACCUUUGUGCUGAUGAGGGCCAUGUCGAAAUUGCCAGUGCCGGGGCUGGAGACGGGGGGCGUGCUGUGGUUCCAAAACCUGACACUGCCCGAUCCGUUGUUCUUGCUGCCGAUUGCUGGGUCGGUUGUGCUGCACUGGUCGCUGCGUAAAGGAGGCGAAAUAGGCCAGUUGAAUCAAAAUACCGCAAUGGCCAAGUUCAUGUUGUGGGGUCUUCCCACUCUGACACUAAUAGCCACCUGGUGGCUCCCCGCCUGCCUUCAACUCUCUUUCCUAGUCACGGGCUUCAUCUCCUACCUCCAAGGCGCCGCCUUUCGAAACCCCUGGUUUCGCUCCUACUUCAAUAUGACACAAUUCCCCGUCAAAAAGGACCCCUCGGAGCCGGGCUCCGCGUCCACAGCUAAGAUGCGUGUUCUGGACACGAAGGAGAUUGACGGGCGCUUCGAGGCGGUGGGCCAGCAGCAGAAGAAGAAGGGCGUGCUGGGUAACGUGGUGAGCGAGGUCAGCAAAUCUUUUAGCGGGGUGGUGAAGCAAGGCCGGGAGAAGGCGGACGAGAUGACGGAGAAGGGCAAGGCGAAGAAGCUGAGGGAUGAUACUCGGAAGUAUGAGGAGGUGCGGAAGCAGAUGAUGCGGGAGAAGGAGAUGCUGAUGGAGCGGCAGAGGGAGGCGGCCAGGAGGGCGAGGAGGCAGGCGAGUAAUAAGCAGUAG